CGUGCGUACAAAUAUAUAUAUGCCAGAAAAUUUAUAUACACAUACGCGCGGCAAAUGCGUGCAAAUGAAUGAAAAGCUGCCACAAAGGCUACAAACUACCUGAGGAGAUCAUUUGAAAUGAUAUGCUUGAAAGAAUUCCGAUAGAUGUACGCGCACAUCUACACACGUUCAUACACUUGUGUAUGGCUAUAUAGAGAUGCAUGAGAAGAUCUUUCGAUGUGUACACAAGCAAAUAAAAAGAGCAAAAAAGAAAAUAUCUGUUUCAAUGUGUGUUUACGGAGGUUUUCACUUCAACUAAAAUCAAGUGUGUACGUAUGUGCGUAUUGUUAUUGUUAUUGCUGUUGUUGCUAUUAUAACAUGAAGGAAAUGAAAAAAUCUACUUAAAAAGAUCUGAAACACGCAAAAAGUUCAAAGUGAAAAAAACAUACAAAUCAUUUUGUUGUUAGUUGUUGUAGUUGUUGCUGUUUACAAUUAAAACUCAAAAGUGCCGAACAAACGAACUGAACAGAAGAUCAGGGUUAAUGUGUUUUCUUAUGAAAUUGUAAAUAUGCACAUAUCUAUGCGUAUGUGCACGCAUAUACAUAUACGUAUCAAAAAUCGAAAUAUAAACAACAAAAUUUAAAAUAAAGUGAAGUUGAAAUAAAGAGUUCUUCGAGCGCGAAAAGAAAUCGCAAAUUAGGAACGAAAAAACGUAUUGAAAUUAUCAAAAAUAUCUAUUUGGUAUUGAUUAUAAAAGAGGAGGAUGAAGGACUACCGCUUAUUCUUUCUGGCCACCUUAGGCCUUUAUACGGCUUAUACUGAAACGGAGGCAUUGGUAACAUCUGCCGGUUCAGUUGCUUUGGCAGCACAAACCCCGAACGGAUUACAAUGCCAACGCAUAACCGUCUCAGCCUGCCAAGGGCUCGGCUAUAACAUGACAGCUAUGCCAAACUUAGCCGGACACACAAAUCAAUUGGAAGCUGAGCUAAGGAUUACAAAGCUACUGCCGCUCAUCGAAUCGAAUUGUUCAAACCGAGCACGAUUCUUGCUAUGCUCGUCACUUUUCCCAUUGUGUACACCCGAUGUACCACGUCCUGUUACUGCUUGCAAAUCGCUUUGUGAAACCGUAAAAACGGAAUGCUCGCCGCAAACAGAACUAAUGCAGCUAUGGCCGGACUUUUUGAAGUGUGAAAACCUACCUCAACCGGAAAAGCAAGAGUUAUGCAUGCAAAUACCACAAGAAACCGUAAACAGCAAAAGUGAAACUCUAUCUUCACCAGAGCAAACACUGUCAGCUGACCCGUUGGCUACUGCAAAUCAUUCCCCAAAUCGUCAGCUGCAAAUACCCCAACAAGUAGUCAAUGGUCCUUCUAGCGGCCACUUCUAUUGGCCUUGGUUACCUUCGCAUAUACAAAAACCUGUAAAACUGGCCGCGAUCUGUCCCUAUAAUUUUACGGUUAAUCCUUUAAAUGCCGAUGAAUGUGUUCCGCAAUGUAAUCGCGACGCAUUUCACACUACGCAACAAAAAAAAACAGCGGAAAGUUUAAUUUUAGGCCUCUCAGCGAUAUGUUUUGUUUUGACAUUAUUUUCAUUGGUAACAUUUUGGGCUGAGCCGACUAGAUUUGGCUAUCCGGAGAGACCUGUACUUUUUCUAUGCCUAUGCUAUAAUUUAUUUAGCGUUUGCUUUUUGGAGCGCAUAGUAUUUCAUAACUCAUCGCGGGCUUUCGCGUUACUCGAAGAUCCUAUGAAUCGAGCCCAUAGUCCGGCUUGUAGCUUGACGCCACCAUGCUUGGCUUCUUACAUUACCACAAGUUAUUUAAGUUUAUGUGCUGCCACCUGGUGGUUGAUAUUUGCCUUAUGCUUUUAUCUUUCCUCGCAUAAGAAGUGGUCUUCUGAAGCGUUAGAAAAAAAAUCCGGUCUGUUUCAUGUUUUGGCUUGGGUACCACCACUGGCACCCCCUAUAGCGGCUUUGCUAAUGGAAAAAGUAAAACCUAACGAAUUGACGGGUAUGUGCAUGGCCCCUGGAUUUGUCGAAAUUCCUGCAAUAAUGUUAUUGUUAUUGGGCUUUUUUUUCACUUUAAGAACUGCAAAGUCUCUGCACAUUUUACAACAACAAAUGUUGCCGACAUUUGGUCAUCAGAGAUUUUCAGAGAUACGUAAAAGAUUUUUAAUCUUUUCACUAGUAUUUUUCACGCCCACUUUAAUAGGAAUAGUUGCAACAUUUUUUGAACGCUAUCCGACUACUGUGCCCGUGUGUUCUACAUAUGAAGAUUGUGGUUCGCCUGCAGUGUUAAUGGCCUGGCCGACCUUGAUACGCUUGUUCUUUCAAUUAGCUGGUGGCACGUUAACAGGCAUGUGGGUGUGGUCGCGUAAAACGUGCGAAUCGUAUCGCAGUCGUUUGGUACCCACACCCACCUCUUCAAUGACAAAUACCACUACCAAAUCGAUAGUAUCUUUGCCCAAAAAACACAUACACACCACUGGCAAAUCCGUGAUGAGCGCCCCUCUAUAUAGUGGCAUUAAUUUUCAUAACGUUCCCGUUUAUACUUCUUAUAUGCAAAGAGUGUAGUUUUAAAUGCAGUUAUGAAAGGAAAGCCAAUAAGAAUCAUUGAACCCAAUGUACCCAAUGUAUAUAAAUUUGUAGUGAGUGAUUUUUUUUUAAAACAAACCACAUGAUUAUUUCUCUACAUUAAUAAGUACCUUAACGUUAGCGUCUUUUUUUCCGCAAUUUAUUCGUGCAUAUGUAACAAACUAUUCCAAUUAUUUUAUUUUAUAAAUAUAUUCUCUUUGAUAU